GUGAAAACAAAGCCAACGCAAAUGAAAGUAGUGGAGUUGGCAGUAUUGCAGGUGGUGGUAGAUAUGACAACCUUGUGGCAAUGUUUGAUUCUAGGCACAAAAAUGUGCCAUGUGUUGGUGUCAGCAUAGGAGUAGAGCGGAUAUUUUCUGUCAUGGAAGCACAAUUGGCAGCAAAUAAUUCAAAGAUGCGUACAACUGAAGUGGAAGUUUAUGUGGCUUCUGCACAGAAGAACCUGUUGGAGGCCCGGAUGAGUCUCUGUAGGGAGUUAUGGGAUGCAAACAUUAAGGCUGAGCAGUCCUACAAACGAAAUCCAAAGUUAUUACAACAGCUUCAAUACUGUGAAGACUCUGGGAUACCUUUAGCAGCAAUCCUUGGUGAAAGUGAACUUCAGCGAGGUGUUGUAAAACUGAGAGAUGUGAAGACUAGGCAAGAAUCAGAGAUACCAAGAGAUUUGAUUGCUAAAGAAAUUCGUAACAGGCUGAGCAAACCCACAUGAUAAUUUUGUGUUACUAUUCAGAAUUUCAUGAGGAACUAUCAUAACAGUAAGAAGACAAAAUGUACGUUGGACAGUUUUGUACACAAGUUGUAUGUUUUAUGAUAAAUACUCAAACUUGUGUAAGCUGAAACAAAACAUUGUUACAUCUGAGUGAAACAUUGUGAAUGGCAACGGAUUUUU